CUUAUCCUACACUAAAGGACCAGAAAGAAAACAAACUCUCUCACUACCCGAAAAUGGCGGUAGACUACUUACUGACAUCUCCUUCGUCGCUGAGAUUAUCCAAUUUCAUCUCAUCGUUCUCCCCAAACACAAACCACAAAUGUCUUCGCUUCUCGCCGAAACCCAGCUCCGCCAGGAUAACCUGCGGCGCGAUUUCUUCGAAGAGGAAACUCGCUGAGAGAGAGAUCGCGGAGAGGGAGAACAGAGUCCUCGUGCGGAACCUGAUGUCGAGGAUCAGUGACAGGGAGCCACUUGUUAAGACCCUUGACAAGUACGUGAAGGUCGUAAGAUGCGAGCAUUGCUUCUUGCUCUUUGAGGAGCUUGGGAAGAGCGACAAGUGGCUCCAAUGCCUCGAGGUGUUCAGGUGGAUGCAGAAACAGCGCUGGUAUAUAGCAGAUAACGGAGUAUACUCGAAACUGAUAUCCGUAAUGGGGAAGAAGGGCCAAACACGAAUGGCAAUGUGGCUCUUCUCCGAGAUGAAGAACAGUGGUUGUCGUCCCGAUGCUUCUGUUUACAACGCUCUCAUAACAGCUCAUCUCCACACGCGGGACAAGGCAAAAGCUUUGGAGAAAGUCCUUGGUUACUUCGACAAAAUGAAAGGCAUGGAGCGUUGUCAACCCAACGUCGUGACUUACAACAUCCUCUUGAGGGCUUUUGCUCAGUCUGGUAAAGUAGACCAAGUCAACGCUCUGUUCAAAGACUUGGACAUGAGUGCGGUUUCUCCAGACGUCUACACCUUCAACGGUGUGAUGGAUGCGUAUGGGAAAAACGGGAUGAUCAAGGAGAUGGAGUCUGUGCUUACUCGCAUGAGGAGCAACGAGUGCAAGCCGGAUAUCAUCACUUUCAAUCUGCUUAUUGACUCUUACGGUAAGAAGCAAGAGUUUGAGAAGAUGGAGCAGGCUUUCAAGAGUUUGAUAAGGUCCAAGGAGAAGCCUACUCUUCCCACUUUCAACUCGAUGAUUAUAAACUACGGGAAAGCUCGGUUGAGAGAUAAGGCCGAGUGGGUUUUCGAGAAGAUGAAUGAUAUGAACUACGCGCCGAGUUUUAUCACGUAUGAGUGUAUGAUCAUCAUGUACGGUUACUGUGGUUGUGUUUCCAGAGCGAGGGAAGUAUUCGAGGAGGUUGUUGAGUCGGAGAGGGUGUUGAAGGCUUCAACACUCAAUGCCAUGCUUGAAGUUUACUGUCUUAAUGUUCUUCACAUGGAAGCAGAUAAGCUUUUCCACAACGCAAGUGGGUUUAGAGUUCACCCGGAUGCAUCAACGUAUAAGCUUCUGUACAAGGCGUACACUAAGGCAGAUAUGAAGGAGCAUGUGCAGAUGCUGAUGAAGAAAAUGGAGAAAGAUGGGAUUGUGCCUAACAAGAGAUUCUUCUUGGAAGCCCUUGAAGCUUUCGGGUCGAGACUACCUGGUUCCGAUUCUGUCAAAAGGAAAUCAACUGGCUCGAGCAGGCCACCUGGUUUAGACUAGUCUAACAUUAUUUCAUAUGAUUGAAGAACAAGCAUGUUUGGAACAUGACAUUUCAGACUGGAAAAGGAAACGGCAGAAAGAAAGUGUUUGGAGAACUUGAGUGGAGUAGACAUGAUAAAGAUUCCAGAGCUGAAUCAAGAAAAUAUUAGUUAAGAAUAGCAGCAGCCAAUAUUAUCUUCAGUUCAAGAACAUAUAAAAAUGGGAAGAUCUAAGAGAAGAAGGAACUGUUCACUAUAGUCUUGCAAGCAAUUUGGUAAAUUGUAACUAAAAAGCUUCAUAUAAAAAAGAAAAACAGUUGUUGUGUGUUA